UUCCGCAAGUCAGUUACCGUCCCGCGAUGGGCACGUUGCGCACCUGCCUUUGUACACUGAUCUGGGUACACGGCCUCGUCGACGCAAUAGACUCCCGACGACCGUGGUUCCCAGAACCGGUACCAAACGUGACUGUUAUCGUUGGCAAAGACGCCCUGCUCACCUGCGUGGUACAAGAUUUACACAAUUUCAAGGUCGCUUGGGUUCGCGUUAGCACCCAAACCAUACUUUCUAUACACCACCGAAUGGUGACCGAAAAUGCAAGAAUAACAUUAUCUUACAACGACCAUCGGACGUGGUUUCUGCAUAUCCGCAAUGUACAGGAGACCGAUAGAGGCUGGUAUAUGUGCCAGAUCAACACGGAGCCCAUGACAAGCCAAAAAGGAUAUCUACAAGUUGUCGUUCCUCCGAAAGUGAUCGAAGAAGAAUCCAGUAUGGAUCUCAUAGUGAAAGAAGGAUCAGACAUGGUUUUACAGUGUAAAGCUCAAGGAUAUCCCGAACCGUACAUUAUGUGGCGAAGAGAGGACGGUUUAGAUAUUAACUAUAAUGGUAUUACAGUGAACGUGAUCGAUGGCGAAAAGUUAAUGAUCAGAAAGAUCAGCAGAUUACACAUGGGAUCUUACCUGUGUGUGGCUUCCAACGGGGUGCCGCCUACCCGGAGCAAACGCAUCAACGUCACCGUACACUUUCCUCCGAUGUUGAUGAUUUCCAAUCAAUUAGAAGGAGCUCGGAUAGGAGUCUAUUCGAAACUGGAAUGCCACACAGAAGCGAAUCCUCCUUCGAUCAAUUAUUGGACGAACGAACGCGGGGAUAUGAUCGUUUCCGGUUCUAGAUUUCUAGACGAUAAAAUUAGAACUGGAUACGUAUGCAAAAUGAUUUUGCACAUAUCCAACGUUAGUGCCGAAGAUUUCAGUAGUUACAGAUGUGUAGCAGUAAACGCUCUCGGCGAGACUGACGGCAUCAUUAAGCUUUAUGAAAUCACAACUGUCGUUGAAUCAUCCAACGAAGUACUUUCUGAAGGUGAAAACUACAAGUACAGCGUCAAUGUCACCGAAGUAACUGAUUAUUCGGAUGAGACGACGGGUGCCAUUUACGACAAUGUUACUAGCUACGUUUCAUCUAGUCAUACACUUGCUCAUAGUUUUGUUUUAUAUCUAAUAUUAUUAUCAAUUAAAGACAAUUUGUUAAAUAUUGUAUAACUGUAUAAGUAUUGUAUAACAA